AGGAAAGAAUUGAAUUUUCAUUCCAAAAUUCUCACAGUACUCAAUAAAAAAAAAGUAUAAACGCAAAUCUAAUAAGAAUGGCUUCAAUUCUAAGAUCGUCCAAAUUUGCUAGAUAUGUUGUAGGUUUUGCCCGUAAUGUUGUUGUCAACACUCCAAGGGAAUUUGAUGGAAAUUUCGUUAAUGCCACUCAAUGUUUGUGCGGAGCUGUAACUACGCAAUUUUCAUCACAAGCCGCUUUAAAUCACGAACAAAAUUUGGAAAAAAGUUUAAAAAGAUUAGAUCAAGAUGUUAGAAAAUCCGGAAGAAUAUCGAAACGUGACAUUGAAGAUGUCUUGGAGGAAAUUCGAUACAGCCGUUCAGCAACAACAUCACAAUCUCUACUUGUUAUCAGAUGUUGCGGUAACUUAGUUCCAGAAGAAUUACCAGAAGUGAGAACAAAACUAGUCAAAGAAAUUUGGAAUACAUUGAACAAAUUGAAUAUACCAAUGGAUGUAUCUCACUACAAUGCACUUUUAAGGGUUUAUAUAGAAAAUGAACAUGAGUUUUCACCUGUAGAAUUUCUAUCUGAAAUGAAGGAAAAAAAUAUUGAACCAAAUAGAGUAACUUACCAACGUCUGAUUUUACAGUAUUGUCUUAAGGGAGAUAUCGAGGGAGCUACAAAUAUAUUAGAACAUAUGAAACAACAACAAUUGCCAGUAAAUGAGACUGUAUUCAAUGCUCUCAUUAUUGGACAUUCAAAUUUGAACGAUAUGGAAUCAGCUAGAGACGUUUUGAAUUUGAUGGCACAAGCAGGUCUUCAGCCCAGUGCAGAUACUUACACAACUUUACUUUGUGGAUAUGCCAAACAAGGGGAUAUUGAGAUCAUGAAAAAAAUUAUUGACGAAUGUGAAUCUAAAGAAAUAUACCUACUUGAUAAAGAUUUCUUAGAAAUUGCUUCUUCUCUUGCCUUAAAUGGCCAUGAGGAACAUUUACCUGUAAUUUUGGAAAAAAUUCGAAAAACUGUUGGUUAUAAUCAGGAUGCAGUUAACACGAUAUUAAGUUUGGUGAAUAAGGCAAAAGAAAAACCUGCUUAUGAAAUUUUGAAAACAAUGAGUAGAAAUUAUAAUCCAGAUGGUACUCCAAUACCAAGUGGUGCUUUUUUUAUUAAGCAAUUAUUAAAAAUGAGACGACCAAUCCAAGGUAUCAUAGAAUUAUGUGACAGAAUGCAAGCUGAUGGAUUGAUAGAGAAACCUCUAUCAUUCGCCCUAGAAUUAUCUAUCGAGAAAGGCUAUGAAGAAUCUGCCUAUUCGUUAAUGGAAGAACUUCAAAAACGUGGUCAAGAAAUAAAACCUCACUUUUUCUGGCCUCUUAUUCGUUUAAGAUCUAAAGAUGAGGGAAACCAAGCCGUUGUUAGAGUUCUGAAAAAAAUGAAGAGUAUGGGAGUUUAUCUCAGUAAUGAAACUAUAAAAGAUUAUGUCGUUCCAAGUUUGAAAGGAGAUAUUAGUGAUACAAUAAAAAUUUUAACAGAUUUAGAUAUAUCCGUAGGAAGUAGUGCCCUAACUAUAGCUAUCACUCUAUUAAAACAGAACAGAAUUAAAGAUGUUUCUUGGUUAACUACAAAAAUACCAGCUUAUUAUAUGCCAGAACUUAUUGCUCGUCCUUUAUCUUCAGCUUUUUAUAAAACAAAUGAUUUAGAUUCAUAUAUUACAAUUGUUAGAGAAAUUUAUGAGAAUUUAGACAGAAGAGUCAACGUCAUCAAGAAAGGAAGCUUAGAAUUCUUGAGUAAACCAGAAAUGAUUGGCAAUCUAAUAGCUGAUUUAAUGUAUAACAAAAAUAACUUUCCACAAGUAAUAGAGAGUGUUUUGGUGAAAUUGAAAGAACAUGGUUUGAGUAUUUCAACGGAGGUAGCAGAAAAAAUUCAAGAAUCAUUAGGAGAUAAAGUUAAUGACCAAAUUUCAUCUUUACUAGCAUCAUUGAGUUCUGGUGAGCUAGUUCCUACUUCUUUAGCUCGAAAACCUCCAAUAUAUACGCCGUCUCAUCAAAUGAAUAUUCCACAACUGGAAAAACUUAUUGAGAAUUGUUCAUCUAAAAACAUAGAUGUGAGAGGAUUGAAGAGGCAACUAUUUACUCUUUAUUAUCGUGCCAGAGAAUUGGAAAAGACUGAAGUUCUUCUAGAGGAUUUGAAAAAGACACAAAAUUUCUUUUUCACUCCAGGCAUAUAUGCCCAAUUGGUGGACUUGUAUGCUUAUCAUGAUAACUUGGAAAAAGCAGAAUAUUAUUUAGAGCAACUUAAGGAAACUGAAAAAGAAAACCUCAGUCUGAGCGAUACAAAAAUUCUUCGUUAUGCUUAUCUUCUCAAUAAAAGUGGAAGAUUUGAGGAUGCAAUUAAAUUUUUGGAAGAAACUAUGAGGGAUCGUGCUACAGGCGAAGAAGAGAAAAAUUUUGUUUAUGUAUCUUUAGCUUGGCGAUUUAUGAAUUCUAUAGCAGAAAAGGGUAAUGUUGAAGAUUUAGACAGAUUAUUCAACCUUUUAGUGUCAAAGGAAUAUGUUGCUGUAAAUAAUGUGUUACUUGGUCCCCUAAUAAAAGUUCAUUUAAUCAACAAUGAUCUAGAUAAAGCGCUUAUGAAGUUUGAGGAAAUCGUAAAUGUAUACAAAGCAACACCUUGGAAAAAUGAAUUGGCAUGUAGGUUAAUCCAAGCAGAAGAUGCAGAAAAACUUCAAAAAUUAACUGACUUAAGUACCAUGGUUCACGGAGAAAUCAACAGUUUAUACGAUUUAGUGUUUUCAUUCAUCGAAUGUGGUCGUAUCAGACAAGCUAGAAGAAUAUUAGAAACACCUGGUCUGCAUAACAGACCUCUAAGGUUCAAUACAGCUUGUGAACGCUAUAGACAGGAAGGUAAGGUAAAGCCUCUAGAACACUUGAAGGAUGCCACAAAGGACAUGAAUCAUAUAGAUAGAUCCGAAAUUUAUUAUCAAUUAUUAUUGAGUUAUAUCAAAGAAGACGACUCAGAAAAAGCGUGUGGACUAUGGACUCAGAUGCAAGAAGAAAAUUUACCACCUUCAGAUUUAUUCCUAAUUACUCUUUCUGAAUACAUGCAAAAAAAAGGUAUAGAGGUACCAUUCAUCAUUCCUGAACCAAAGAAAACUGUUAAAAGCGAGGAUAUGAUAAAGAAAACUCCUUUGCAAAUCUUUAGAAACUUGUUGAAAUCUGACAAAUGUCUAGAAGCAUUUGGAUACAGAAAAAAUGUAAAUGAUAUCUGGAAUAAUUUGGAAUCUUCUGAAUUGUUAGAAAAGCUUAUUCAGCAUAAUGAAUUAGACAAAGCAUUUACCCUUAUAAUGGAAUUAAUGAACAAGAACAGUAUUCCCAUCAAUAGGGUUUUUAAAUUUGCUAUGAAUAGGUUUGCUAUAGCCGGUAAAGUUGAUGAAAUUGUAACUAUUGGAAAUAAGUUAAAUAUGGAUAUGAAAAAAAUCAUAUCUUAUGAUAAUCGCUUAUGUCACGCAACUGUUGUUAGUGGUGGAGCUGCAGAUUAUCUUGACAAAUUAGAGAAGGAAAUAGAUAGUGCUAACUCGGAAGAAGAACUGAAAAAGUUAAAUGAGAAAUUCCCACGGGGAGGAGCUUAUGGUAUUUUGGAUCACAAUCCUGAAUUACUAGAGAAAUAUGAAACUGUAGCAAAAAAAUAUGCCAAAAAAGGAUUGUUAGCUCCUAUCAAUAUUCUCUGGACUCACCACUUCACUAAAGGAAACUUUGAAAAUGCUAAAGAAUUAUGGAACAACUACUUGCAAGGAUCUUCAAGAAUAAUGUUCCAAAGGGUAGUUCAAGUUGCUCGAAAUCUCCAAAAUGAAGAAAUAAUCAAAAAUCUCAUUGAGCAUCUGAAAACGAGUAAUAUUACGGAAGGUGCAUUAGGAAACGUGUACAGUUGUUUGAUAGACAUCAAAUAUGCAAAGGGCCCAGCAAAAGAAGUUAUUGAAAUCUUUGAAAAUGCUCUGAAAGAUGUGAGUGUGGACCAUAUGAAUAGAACAGCUGUCCUUAGGGUAAAAAAUUGUUUUGAUCAGCUAGGCAAACCAUUCAAUCAUAAAAUUCCUAUCAAAAAUAAGAACAUAAACACUAGCAGUAGUUCAAGUAGUGAAUCUGAUAAGUGAACUUUAGAUGUGUAUUAAUGUAAUUAUUUGUUUUAUAAUAAAACAUUUCACCUA